AUGCAUUCCCUACACUUUGCACUUGCAUGCGUGGCAACCUUUGCAAGCCUCGCAGUGAGUUUUCCUGGUAACGAUGGUAAAUAACAAACAUUGACAGAAACCAGGCGACCCAGGGGACGAUAACGAUCACUCGAACGGCCAUUACAGUCAUCAUCACAGAGCCGGAAUCGACCACCAUCAAAACUAGCACGUCGAAGAAACCAACCACCUCGAGCAAAGAAACAACGACCACUAAGUCCACAGCUGGCCCCGUGACUGUAACAAUUACCGUCACGUCCACUGUGAAAGAAUCCACGAAAUCCACGACCAGCAAGAAGCCAACUUCUUCGACGAUCAAACUACCAGCCACCACCCCUAAGCCGGAGGGUCCAAACACUACCAAGUGCCCGGUGCCAUUGUAUUAUCCUUGUGGCGGUAUUCGUUAUGCUGGAGGUUGUACGGUGUGUGUUGCAGGAGCAACUUGCUUAUCCCAGAAUGGCAUGUCUUACCUUCUCCCUCUAAGACUUAUUAGCUAACAAAUGACUCCACAGAAUACUACUAUCAAUGUACUACCGUGUAAUUCCAGUCCAGAUGGAACGGGGAGGGUAUAA